AAACACGUAGGUCUAAAUAAACUCUAACUUUGAAGAAGUCAAUAUAGGAAGAAAGAAGCUUACAGCAACAUUCAUAUACAUACAUAUCACCGGCUAUCGUUCGCACAUGAAAUAUAAUAGAUACUAACUGUCGCAACGAUUUAUAUUUUUUAACAAUAUUUCAUUUACCCACCACUAAUAAUGAUUUUACAAGAAAUUGUGUUUAUUAUUAUUGCAAAACUGAUCAUUGCUCAAGGAACACUUCGGCCAGUCCCCGGACUAGAUCGACAAGAUUCAAAUUUGGAAUUCACACCUGAAAUGAACAGUAAAGAUUCGUUGUUGAAUUAUUGUUAUGAUAUCAACGAACAUGGCAAUGUUGGAAGGCAUGGCAUCCGAAGAGAAUACGUUGAUUGGGAUCUUUCGAGAAACUCGACUAAAAAUACAGUAAGGGUGUUACAAUGGAAUAUUCUAUCGCAAGCCUUAGGCCAAAAUAUGGAUAACUUUUGUCGGUGCCCUCUUGAAGCGUUGGAAUGGAAUAACCGGCGGUGUUCACUACUCGAGGAAAUGUUGACACAUGAACCCGAUGUUAUGUGCUUACAAGAAGUCGAUCAUUUUGAUUUCUUUAAUAGAGCUUUAGCCACGCAGUCAUAUACUGGUAUAUUUCAACCCAAACCGCGUUCGCCUGCUAUUGCAAUGCCUGAUAAUAAUGGACCAGAUGGGUGUGCAAUAUUUUACAAUAAUAACAAGUAUGAGUUCCACGAAAAAUUCGAAUACGACUUUUAUCAUUUAUCAACUGAAGAGUGUCCUAGUCGACAGGUGGCGUUAUUAGUCGUACUAAUAGAUAAAGUUUCGGGAAACAGGUUCUGUGUUGCCACCGCUCAUCUCAAAUCACAAAAAGGUGAAAAGGAGGCAUGUUUAAGAAACAAUCAAGGCAAAGAUCUGUUGAGUUUUGUAUCUGAACAUGCUAAAAACUGUCCCACUAUUAUAACUGGCGAUUUCAACGCUGAACCUUAUGAACCCGUAUAUGAAACUAUGUGCAGUUAUCCUGAAUUCAAAUUGAAUAGCGCAUACAAUGAACCCGGUGGAGAGCCAGAUUUUACGUCAUGGAAGAUAAGGCAGCGUGAAGGUGAAUGUAAAGAAACUCUUGAUUACAUAUUUUACACUCCAGAAUACCUAACUAUUAGAAGCAUAUUGGCCAUGCCAAAAGAAGAAAAUGUUCACGAAGACAGAACUCCCUCGUUUGUCUACCCUUCCGAUCACUUCUCUUUAAUUGCUGAUUUUUUCUUUAACGAAAAUUAACGAAAUAUUCUUGUUUAUAUGGUAUUAUUAUAUAUUUUUUUAAGCAUAUAUUAUGGAUAUUGAUUUGUAUUUUAUUUGUUUUUGAAACUCCGAUACACAACUUAGUAUUACUUAUCAAUUUAAUUAAAUUUUUUUUUUUCAUUAUUACUGUAUUAAUUAUUACUUUUUAUAAAGUCGGCACGUGGCUUUAAGAGUUUGAGUAUAAAUAAUUAUCACAGAAAUCAAUCGGGCUAAUGAAGUAAUAUUUUAAUUCUUGAUUCUUCAUUUAAAAAAACCUAAAACACGCAAUUCCGC